CGGAACUGGCCCGGCAUCGUUGGUGAAUGGAAAGGGAUCUAUAUGGCGACAUGGCCGACCAGCCUAUCCCUGUAGGUCAGGGUGUCCAGAUCCGCUUUAUCAACGACCUGAAGGAAAAUGGCAAGCCCAGAGGCAAGCGAUCCAAGCAGGAUUCCUACGGGGUGGCUGUCCGGGUACAAGGGAUAGACGGGCAGCCAUUUGUGGUGUUAAACAGCGGCGACAAGGCCAAGUCUUCCUACGACUACGAUCGGCAUUAUAGUGAGCGCUCAUCCACCCUCGACACCGCCUACUCCCAGUCCUCCAGAGAGUCGGCAUGGAGCCGCGGCAGCCAGAAGAAGACAGACAAUGGCGAAUACCCAUCACUUGGCUACAGGUCUGCCACCUCUCAGCAAUCUACCUCCGCCAGCAACAAGACUAAUAAAAAUGGACUCUCCACCUCCUCGUUCUCCAACCAGUCCAGCGAAGACAUCGACACCAAACCCCUGUCCUCUGUGGAUUCUCUGAUCACCAAGUUUGACGUCAAGGGGCAGGUACGAGGCAGGACGGCGAGACGGAGCCAGGCCCUUAAGGAUGAGCGGAAGCGCUCUCAAAGCCUGGACGGGCGCAAGAAUUACCAGGACACCGCCGACUCCAGAGAAAUAAGCCUCCAGCAACAAAAUGAGGUGCCGGCAAGAAGGGAAACAGUCAGCUCUGCUAACCGCUCCUUUGCCAGACAGUCCCUGGAGAGGGAGGACAUCAACAAGACCAGACUGACCAAAGAGUGGUUGGACCAGGGUGGAGAAGAGCCGGUAAUUGUGAAGCAGCAAAGAAGCGUCCAGAGCGAAUUCCAGCUGAAAAGUACCCCAGAUCUUCUGAGGGACCAGCAGGCCGACGGCAGUGACCCAACUCGGGAGAUGAUCUUUAGCAUUCUCAGGGACGGCUCCACGGAGAAUGAGAAUAACCUGAGGAAAAAGACCAGCAUCCUGCUGGAGAAGUUUCCCUCUCUACAGGCCCAGCCGGAAGAGGACACCAGGUCCCUUGGAUCACAGAAGAAAGAACUGGAGCGUAAAGUGGCAGAACUACAGAGGCAACUGGACGAUGAGAUGAAGCAAAGAAUGAAGUUGGAGAGCUCUCAGGGGCGGCCCAAGGCCGGCAUGCAGAGGCUGGAGAUCCAGCUAGAGGAGAGCAAGGAAGAGUGCAGUCGGCUGAAGGAUCUCUACGAUAAGAAGAAGAACGAGCUGAAUGCUGUAUCUCAGGAACUCAUGGAAGUGAGAAUGGGCAAGGAGCAGGUAGAGACCAAGCUCAGGGCCAUGGAGGAUAAACUUAUGGAUUCCAAGGAAGAGCUGUCCCACCUACGGGCAAAGGGUGGCACCUCCCCAGACAAACUGGCUUUAAUGAAGGAGCUAGAGGAGGUCCAAGAUGAGCUGGACGAGGUCCUACAGAUCCGCCAGAAGCAGGAAGAGCUCCUGCGCCAAAAGGACCGGGAGCUGACUGCCCUGAAGGGGGCGCUGAAAGACGAGGUGGCCAAUCACGACAAAGACUUGGACCGAGUGAGGGAGCAGUACCAGAAUGACGUGCAACAGCUGCGAAAGAACAUGGAGAAUGUGUCUCAGGACCAACUCAGCCUGGAAACGGAACGGCAGAAAAUCAACCAGGUGGUACGGAACCUGCAGCGCGAGCUGGAAGAGAGCAGCGACGAGAUCAACCAAUGGAAAGAGAUGUUCCAGAAGAACAAGGAGGAGCUGCGCAGCACAAAGCAGGAGCUGCUGCAGAUGAAGAUGGAGAAAGAGGAGUCCGAGGAUGAGCUGAAAGAGACCAAAGAUCGCUUCUCCCUUUUGCAGUCAGAGCUGGAACAAGCCAAGAAGGGAUCUGUAGAUCCCGGGGAAUUGGCGAGCGUUAGGAAGGAGCUGCAGCGGGUUCAGGAUCAGCUGAAGCAACUGUCUGUGGACAAGCAGAAGGUAGAGGAGAAUCUGCACCAGCGCGAGAGGGAACUGUCCGCUCUGAAGGGGGCGCUUAAGGAAGAGGUGGCAGGGCGGGGCCGCGAGACCGAGAGACUGAGGGAGCAGUUGCAGUCAGAGGUGGUGCAGUUCAAGAAAGACAAUGAAAAUCUUGGCAGGGAAUCUCAGCGCAUUCAGGAUCAGCUAAAACAGGUGUUGCUGGAAAAGCAGAGACAUGAGGAGGCCGUGCACCAGAGAGAGAGAGAGCUCUCAGCCCUGAAGGGGGCCCUGAAAGAUGAGGUGUCUGGCAGAGACCGUGAAGCAGAGAGAUUGAGGGCCCAAUUCGAGCAGGAUGCCAUGCAGACGAAGAGAAGCUAUGAGGAGCUGGUCAAGAUCAAUAAGCGGCUGGAGAGUGAGAAGGUGGACCUGGAACGUGUGAGGCAGGUUAUUGAGAACAACCUGCAGGAGUCCCGGGAAGAGAAUGACGACCUCCGGAGGAAGAUCUUGGGCUUGGAGGCGCAGCUGAAGGAAACGAACACGUUCUGCGAUGAUCUCCAGCGAGCAGAGUCCCGGCUGAAAGACAAGAUCACCAAGCUGGAGACUGAACGCAAGAGAAUGGAGGACACUUUGGGUGAAGCUGCAGAUCAGGAGCAAGAACUGGCUUUUGUGAAACGCGACCUGGGGAACAAAUUGGAGGAGGCUCAGCGCAGCUUGAAACGUCUCUCCCUGGAGUAUGAGGAGCUGCAGGAGUGCUACCAGGAGGAGAUGAAGCAGAAGGACCAUCUCAAGAAAACAAAGAACGAGUUGGAGGAGCAGAAGCGACUUCUGGACAAGUCCAUGGAUAAACUGACCAGAGAGCUGGACAACAUGUCCAAUGAGUCGAGGGGAUCCCUGCAGGUUCUGCAGUCUCAGCUGGAGGAAUUCAGGGAGAAAUCUCGGAGAGAGAUUGGAGAGGCCCAGAAACAGGCAAAGGAGAAAACAGCGGAGGCUGAGAGACACCAGUUCAAUUCCAGCCGGAUGCAGGAAGAGGUACAGAAGCUGAAGUUGGCUCUACAAGAGCUCCAGGUUGAGAAGGAGACGGUGGAGCUGGACAAACAGAUGGUCACCCAGCGCCUACAGAACCUGGAGCAGGACACAGAGUCCAAGAAACGGGUCCAGGACGACCGCUCCCGACAAGUCAAAGUUCUGGAGGACAAGCUGAAGCGCAUGGAGGCUGAGUUGGACGAGGAGAAGAACACGGUGGAGCUGCUGAGUGACAGAAUUAACAGGAGCAGAGAGCAGAUGGAGCAGCAGCGAGCCGAACUGAUGCAGGAGAGAGCCAGGGGGCAGGAUCUGGAGUGUGACAAGAUUUCCCUGGAGAGACAGAACAAAGACCUGAAAGGUCGCUUGGCCAAUAUGGAGGGGCAGCAAAAGCCCAGCGUCAACGUCUCCCACCUGGAAGCAAAACUACAGGACAUCCAGGAGCGGCUGCAGUCGGAGGAGAGGGAAAAGGCAACGUUGCUCUCUACAAACCGCAAACUGGAGAGGAAAUUAAAGGAGCUGAACAUCCAGUUAGAGGAUGAGAGACUCCACGUUAAUGACCAGAAAGAUCAGCUGAACCUGAGGGUGAAAGCCCUGAAGCGACAGGUGGAUGAGGCAGAGGAGGAGAUCGAGCGGCUGGAGGGCCUACGGAAGAAAGCCGUGCGCGAGAUGGAGGAACAACAGGAGCUCAAUGAGCAGCUCCAGACGCGGCUUAAAACCAUGGAGAAGGAGUCCAAGCGCAAGCCCAUCCGGCCGGCCCACAACGACGACGACGACCUGAGCUCCGACGGAGAGUAUGGCGGCUCCUAUGACCCCAGCUCCAUCACCUCCCUGCUCACGGAGAGUAACCUGCAAACCAGCUCGUGCUGAGGGGCCCCGCCCACCCCAUGAUCUCCACUAGGGGGUCCUGGUGUGGGAAAGGCCAAGCAGCCAGUAAGCCUUUGGCCAGCAAAAUAAGCCCCUAAUGCUGCCAGCCCCUUACUGACUGAGGGUAUGAAUGUAUAUAUGCCUGCACCGGCCCGUGGGCACUGACACGGGCACCCCAGCUCUGUCAGGUGGGCACUGACACGGGCACCCCAGCUCUGUCGGCUGGCACUGACACGGGCACCCCAGCUCUGUCAGGUGGGCACUGACACGGGCACCCCAGCUCUGUCGGCUGGCACUGACACGGGCACCCCAGCUCUGUCAGGUGGGCACUGACAUGGGCACCCCAGCUCUGUCAGGUGGGCACUGACAUGGGCACCCCAGCUCUGUCGGAUGGGCACUGACACGUGCACCUCAGCUUUUCCAGGUGGGCACUGACAUGGGCACCCCAGCUCUGUCGGAUGGGCACUGACACGGGCACCCCAGCUUUUCCAGGUGGGCACUGACAUAGGCACCCAGCUCUGUCGGCUGGCACUGACAUGGGCACCCCAGCUCUGUUAGGUGGGCACUGACAUGGGCACCCCAUCUCUGUCGGCUGGCACUGACAUGGGCACCCCAGCUCUGUCGGAUGGGCACUGACACGGGCACCCCAGCUCUGUUAGGUGGGCACUGACAUGGGCACCCCAGCUCUGUCAGGUGGGCACUGACAUGGGCACCCCAGCUUUGUCGGCUGGCACUGACACAGGCACCCCAGCUCUGACGGAUGGGCACUGACAUGGGCACACCAGCUCUGUUGGGUGGGCACUGACACGGGCACCCCAUCUCUUCACCCACUACAUACUGUGGGUUCUAGGCUGAGCGUCUUGGUGGCCAUCAGGGCAAGCUGCCAUAGAUAUUACCUCUGGUAACGGGGCAAUGGGAUUUUGCUUGUGCUAUUGGCAUGGGUGGGCACUGGGGGCAGCUUAGUCUGCGUUUCUGCCCCUUGCCUCCCCCCCCCCAUUUGGGUACUGACUUGUUACUCUGACUCCUAGUCUGGGUUCAGUACUGGAGCCUGGGAAGCCACGUAGUUGCCCCUUGCCCACAUGGGACUAUUUCCUGCAAUGCCCUCUACCAAUAUGGUGGGAGUAUGGUGCCCCCUGUCUGAUCCUGGGGGCGGGGGAGACCCCUCUUUGCCUUAAGGAGGAAAGGAGGAUCAUUAGGUGCUGUACCCCAACUGUGCCUCACUACCAGCACCUCCGUACAUCUCCCCCCACCAUUUCCAGUUUAAUUGCCCCCAGCCGGCCUACGUGGGGGGGUUUCUUUUUUCCAGUUUUAUUGCCCCCGGGGGGUAAAGGUGCAAGGAACUGUAUGUACCAUAAGCAUUAAACGAAACCCGCUGGGUUCCUGUGUAUAUAUAUAUAUAUAUCCCUAUAAUAUCUCUAUAUUCAUGGCUUUAUAUUCUGGUGCGCAGACCCAACAGAACCAGCGACCAGCCUGCCUGGAAGUCCGGGCUCAGCAGGUUCUGGCCGCCCCACUGUGGGCGUAGGGGGGGUUCCUGUGGAAUGUCGCACCCCACUCUCAGGAAUGUAAGCGAAUACCUUUUCUAAGCCGCAAUCUUUUAGUCGCAGCCAAGGAAUGAGCCGGCGGAACCAGAACCUGCAAUUUGUAUGGAGCGCAUGCGGUUCUAUUUGUAUAUUGGUUUGUACUGAUUUCUAUUGGAUCUCUGUGUAAUGCAUUGGUUCUGAUCUGUUAAUAAACCCACUCUGAUUGCUCA